AUGGCGCGUCAUUGGAGAGGGACGAUGAUGGCGGCGGUUGGUGCACCAGAAGUGAUCACACAGCUGGAAAGCGCUGCCAAAGUUUUAAUGGCACCGCCUUCCAUGGUCAGCACAGAACAGAGGCAGCAUGCUGAGCACAUAUUCCUCUCCUUCAGGAAAUCAAAAUCCCCUUUUGCCAUCUGCAAGCAUAUAUUGGAGACAAGUAAGGUGGACUAUGUGCUGUUCCAAGCAGCCACAGCCAUCAUGGAGGCGGUGGUGCGGGAGUGGAUCCUGUUGGAAAAGACCAGCAUCGAGUCUCUCCGGGCUUUCCUCCUCACCUACGUCUUACAGAGACCCAACCUCCAGAAAUACGUCCGUGAGCAGAUCCUGUUGGCUGUAGCGGUCAUCGUGAAGAGGGGCUCCCUCGACAAAAGCAUCAACUGCAAAAGCAUCUUUCAUGAGGUCGGACAGCUCAUCAGCAGUGGGAACCCCAAUGUGCAAACCCUGGCCUGCUCCAUUCUCACCGCUCUGCUCAGUGAGUUCUCCAGCUCCAGUAAAACCAGCAGCAUUGGCCUUAGCAUGGAGUUUCACGGCAGCUGCAAGCGUCUCUUUCAGGAGGAUGGCUUGCGUCAGAUCUUCAUGUUGACCAUGGAGGUGCUGCAGGAGUUCAGCCGCAGAGAAAACCUAAAUGCCCAGAUGUCGUCUGUCUUCCAGCGCUACUUGGCACUUGCCAACCAGGUCCUCAGCUGGAACUUCCUGCCACCAAAUCUGGGGCGCCACUACAUCGCCAUGUUCGAGGCAACACAGAACGUCAUGCUCAAGCCUACAGAGUCCUGGAGGGAAGCACUGCUGGACACACGCGUAAUGGACCUCUUCUUCACUGUGCACAGGAAGAUUCGGGAGGACUCGGACAUGGCCCAGGAUUCCCUGCAGUGCCUGGCCCAGCUGGCCUCAAUGCACGGGCCCAUCUUCCCUGAUGAGAGCGCCCAGGUCUCCUACCUCGCCCACCUGGUGGAGGGUCUACUCAGCAUGAUAAACGGGAUUGAGAUCGAGGACUCAGAGGCGGUGGGCAUCUCCAACAUCAUCUCCAAUCUGAUCACUAUGUUUCCGCGGAGUAUCUUGACAGCGCUGCCCAGCGAACUCUUCACCUCCUUCAUCAACUGCCUCACACUGCUCACCUGCUCGUUCGGACGCAGUGCCGCCCUAGAAGAAGUGCUGGAUAAGGAUGACAUGGUUUAUAUGGAGGCCUACGACAAGUUACUUGAGUCUUGGCUAACGCUUGUCCAGGAUGACGAGCAUUUUCCUCGUGGUUGCUUUGUCCAGCCAGCAAUUCAAGUCUUUAACUCAUACAUCCAGUGUCACCUGGCUGCUCCUGACGGCACCCGGAAUUUGUCGGUAAAUGGCAUAACGUCUCAUGAUGAGGAGGAGAUUAACGAGUUGCAGGAAGAUGACAGAGAACUGUUUUCAGACCAGCUGUCUAGCAUCGGCAUGCUGGGACGUGUAGCCGCUGACCAUUGUAUCCCUCUGCUCACAAGCUUGUUAGAAGAUAGGGUAACACGACUACACGGUCAACUUCAGAGGACCCAGCAGCAUCUCAUGGCGUCGUCUGACCCCGGAUCAAUGGACCGCAAAGUCCUGGACGACCUCUAUGAGGAUAUCCACUGGCUUAUACUGGUCUCAGGGUAUUUACUUGCAGACGACCCUCAGGGAGAGACCCCGCUGAUCCCUUCGGAGGUGAUGGAGUUCUCCAUCAAACACUCGACAGAAGUCGACAUCAACACGACGCUGCAGAUCCUUGGCUCACCAGGCGAGAAAGCAUCGUCCAUACCAGGCUUCAACCGUACUGACUCUGUCAUCAGGUUGCUGUCAGCAGUGUUGCGAACAUCAGAGGUAGAGUCCCGAGCGACAAGAGCAAGCCUGACGGAGUUGCUGAGCCCACAGAUGGGUAAAGACAUUGUGUGGUUCCUCAGACGCUGGGUGAAGACGUACCUGCUGGUAGACGAGAAGCUCUAUGAACAGAUCAGCAUCCCUCUCAGCACAGCUUUUGGUGCAGACACAGAGGGGGCCCAGUGGAUUGUGGGAUAUCUCCUGGAGAAAGUGAUCAAUAAUCUGUCUGUGUGGAGCUCAGAAGCCGAGCUGGCAAACGACACAGUGGAGCUGCUGGUGACGCUGGUGGAGAAGAGAGAAAGGGCAAACAUUGUGGUUCAGUGUGAGAGCUGGUGGAGUCUGGCGAAGCAGUUUGCCAGCCGCAGCCCGCCCCUCCACCUGCUGUCCAGCUCAGUGCAGAGGACUCUGAUGAAAGCUCUGGUCCUUGGAGGCUUCGCUCACAUGGAUGCGGACACCAAACAGCAAUACUGGGCUGAGGUGCUCCAUCCGCUCCAGCAGCGUUUCCUCAACCUUAUCAACCAGGAAAACUUUGCACAGAUCAGCCAGGAGGAAGCCGUCAAACAGGAAAUUGUGGCAACGUUAGAGGCGCUGUGUGGAAUCGCAGAGGCGACGCAGAUCGACAACGUUGCCUCGCUCUUCUCUUUUCUCAUGGACUUUCUGUCCAGCUGCAUCGGCCUCAUGGAGGUUUACAGCAACACACCAGAGACAAUCAACCUCAUCAUCGAGGUUUUUGUGGAAGUGGCCCAUAAGCAGAUCUGCUACCUAGGAGAGACAAAGUCUAUGAAGCUGUAUGAGGCGUGUCUGACGCUGCUGCAGGUUUACUCUAAAAACAACCAGAGCCGGAAAAGGGGUGAUGCUACAGCCGAGGAGGACCAGUACCAGGACCUGCUGCUCAUCAUGGAGCUGCUCACAAACCUGCUCUCCAAAGAGUUCAUCGACUUCAGCGACACCGACGAGGUCUUUAGAAACCAGGACCAGGGAACACCAGCAACAAAUCGGACGGUAUCGGCAGCAGAUGUUGUUCUCUACGGAGUCAACAUCGUUCUUCCUCUAAUGUCUCAGGAUCUGCUCAAGUUUCCAUCUCUUUGUAACCAGUACUACAAGCUCAUCACCUUCAUCUGUGAGAUCUUUCCAGAAAAAAUCCCACAGCUGCCUGAAGACCUCUUCAAAAGCCUCAUGUUCUCACUGGAGCUGGGAAUGACCUCGAUGAGUUCAGAGAUCAGCCAGCUGUGUUUGGAGGCUUUGUCUCCGCUGGCCGAGCAGUGCGCUAAAAACCAGGAGAAAGAUACGCCUCUCUUCAUCGCCACUCGUCACUUUCUCAAGUUGGUGUUUGACAUGCUGGUCCUGCAAAAACACAACACAGAGAUGACAGUGGCGGCAGGAGAAGCUCUUUACACACUUGUGUGCCUGCAUCAGGCGGAGUAUUCAGAGCUGGUGGAGACCCUUCUAUCAUCGCAGAGAGACGCCGUCAUCUACCAGCGGCUCGCAGAUGCUUUCAACAAACUGACAGCCAGCAGCACGCCGCCCACCAUGGACCGCAAACAGAAGGUUGCUUUCCUUAAAAGCCUAGAGGAGUUUGUGGCCAAUGUUGGCGGCCUGCUCUGCGUGAAAUAACCACUGGAAAACCGAAGCCGCCUCAGAUCAUCGUUUUGAAGUGCAACCAAUCAAAGACGACCCCCAGCUUCAGCCCCUAAGAACUCUGGGUAGAAGAAGAGACAGCUCGAAGCCUCGGAGGAACUUUUCACCACAUCCCACCUGCGGGGGAACUGUUCUCACACCUGAAUGUUUUUCCUCCUCUGGUUUCUAGUUCUGUUUCCCCCACCUGUUGGCCCCGCCCUCCAGCAUGAUUGAGAGACUUAAAGAUGACUGAACUGCAUAGCAGACUGGAUGAUUGUUGACUAGAACAACAAAGCACUGACCAUCAUGAUGACGCGAGCCAGAGCAGCAGCUCGUGUGUGGCGACCUGUUCAUUCACGCCCGCUCUACUGCUGCCACCGCCGUCUGGUUUACCUGGAGGCGGCCAGAGCGCACGCACAUGCACAUACAACACGAAUAGAGCAACAUGAGCUUAAAAAGAUGACGAAAGUUAAAGAUUUUCCAAGUAGGAUAUUUUGUUUUUGAAAGUAUUAGAGGGGCCACCAUGUUUCAAAAAUUAAACACUUUUCAUUCACAAGUUUGAAGAAACGUAAGCUAAAGUUGGGCGUACACUUGUCAAUUUCAAGCUGAUUUUGACCCAAUUCUUGAGUCAUAAGAGUUGUUAUGAAGACUGGCUGAAUUUUAACCUAAUUUUCAUUUUUUGUGCAGUUUACAGGGGGCCAUAACAGCCAAUCAUGGCUUGAUCAGCUGCUCCUGACUGGAUGAAUGAUCAGAUUAGGUGACUGUAUCUACAGACGUACAUCUGACAGGGAAUAUUUGUUCUGAUUUAGCUGGUAGUUGUGUUUUCUGGUGACUUGUGUGUGGGCAUUCCACUAAGUUAACAUGAGAGGUAUGGUCUAUGUUUGUAUUUUAGCAGUGUAUAUGAAACAACUGCAUUACAGAUAGUUAAAGGUCACAUAUUAUGCAAAACACAUUUUUUCAAGCUUUUUCAACCAAAAUAUGUGCCCCUGGCCUGUCCACAAUCAACCCAAGAAUCAGAACAACCCCCCACACAUGCAAGAAUCCAAUACUGGAGUGUUUUUUCUGCAACAAACUUCACAGGCAUGUUUUAGGGACCUCUGAGAACAAUAUAAACUUGUCUUAAAGUGGAAAAUAUGUGGCCUUUAAUUUAACCUCCAUCUGUUGAAGUUAUCAUAGAAUGACAAAGGUAAAAACAUUCUAGCACUCUCUUCUAAUGGUUAAAAUAUCUUUAUUUUCAAAGCACAGUCAAAUAGAUCUUAAAAAAUUUUUGUGACCCCCUGUCUGAAGAAGGCUUGGUGCUGUUGAAGUGUGUUUAUAAGAUCCACUUGAACAUGUCAUGAAAAUAGUGGCGUUUAAACCCUUAAAGAGAGAGCCUUGGAGUUUCUUCUCGUGUACUUCCAUUACUACACGAAUCCAAUGCCAAAGAACCUGUCAACCUUGCUCUUUUUAAGCCCUGGCGCUACUUUCACAUUUUUUGUUAGAGUUAUCAAAUGAAACUUUAUUGACAUUUGCUAGCAUUCUGUCCUAAUUCAAUUCAUAUGGAGUGAGCCCUCAGGACAUGCCAGGCUAUCAGAUGGCACAUUACAAGCCCGAUGAUGCAAAUCGCUAUUAUUCAAUAAUAGCCUUUUUAACAGACAUUGGCCAAAUGAUGUGGUAUAAAUAGAAAUCAGCUUGUUCUCAUGGUCAAAUAUGAGAGAAAAUCUUGGCAUAUUAAAAGAAGCACUUUAAAGACACAUUGGUAUAAGCUCUAAUUGUCAAAGUUGGUGCAUCUCUAGUGAGCAAAUGAAUCUUAAGUAUCAGUGUUAAUUUCGUCGACUAAAACUAUGACUAAAACUAUUCAUCAACAGCCUUUUUUUCCAUGACAGAAACUAGACUAAGACUAACAAAAAUAGAUUGGUGAUGACUAAA